AUGUGGCUUCUCACGGUUCAAAUGGAGAGCCCAGCGCUCAGCGGUUCCCGUCUCUCUGCCCGGAGACGUGGGGCUCCCUUUGGCAAGCCGGAGGGUGGCCGGGACCCCAACGCGAGGCAGCGGGGGGCUACGGGAGCUGGUGACCUGACUGGGGAUGCUAUGGGCUAUGUGACAGGCGUGCUGGCCGUGCUGAUACACGCUGCCUACCUGGUGCUCAUUCAGAAGACCAGUGUAGAUAGUGAAUACGGACCCCUGACAGCCCAGUAUGCCAUCGCUGUUUCGGCCACCCCUUUUCUCAUCAUCUGCUCCUUUGCCAGCAUGGAUUCCAUCAACGUCUGGUCCUUCCCGGGGUGGAAGGACCCUGCCAUGGUAUGCAUCUUUAUCGCUUGCGUCCUGAUUAGCUGUGCCAUGAACUUUACCACCCUUCAUUGCACUUACAUUAACUCGGCUGUGACCACCAGCUUCGUAGGGGUGGUGAAGAGCAUAGCAACCAUCACGGUGGGCAUGGUGGCAUUCAAUGAUGUGGAGCCCACAAAGUUAUUUAUAGCCGGUGUUGUGGUCAACACCUUGGGGUCUGUCAUUUACUGCGUGGCCAAGUACGUCGAGACCAGACGGCAGAGCAAUUAUGAGGACCUGGAGAAAGAAGCUAGAGAAGAGGAGGGGAAAAGGCAGGCUGGAGACCAAGCACUGUUUGCGAUGGAGGCCAUUUCCCAGGAGAAGGGGGCUGAGGAAGCAGCAGUGGAAGGAUCAGCCACAGGGGACAGCCAGAGCAGAGGGGAAGAGAAGGACAGCACUGAGAAACCUGCCAAGGGACUGGUGGUCCAGGGAAAAGCCACCGGCACACAAGAAGUGAACAGGAGCUCGCUGAAGGAUGCCUAUCUUGGAGUAUGGAGGUUGGUGAGGGGUGCUAAUUAUAUAAAGAAGGAUUAUUUGAUAGAAAAUGAAGAGCUACCAAACCCUUAA